UAACUCUUGAUGUUGUUAUAAUUUUGUAACACUAGCAUUUUGUAUCUUUCUAUAUCAAGAAAUUCUUUACUUAAAAAUAUUAGUUAAAAUAUGCUUUAUGGCCUUUUGGGAGGUUAUAUGUAUGUGUGGGUAAAGGACAAAGAAGUAGAAGUAUUACAUGAAAAGGACAUUGUAAAGAAAGUUAGAGGUAAGGAUUUGAACCCAGAGUAUAUCUCCUUUGUAGAAUUAUGUUUGUUUGAUUUCAAGUUGUUCAGGUUGUUUUUGUUAAGUUAUUAUCUCCAAAAGUCUUAGUCUUUUUAUUCCAGUUGACCAAACUAGCCCAGUGAUUCUAUUUUAUAUAACUAUAUGAUUUAGAAAUAUUUAAGUUAUGAUAUACCCUACGUAGUAGGGCUCACUAGGUAGAAGGGACUAUGCUAGCCCUCUAUAUGUUUCAACUAUGGUUUGUUUGAUUACUUCUGUUUUUCAUAUGAAGGCACUAACAUCCAAAAGGGUUUAAUAAAUUGUUCCAGGUCACUAAGUCAUUGAGUAGUAGAGCUUGAAUUUGUUACAAAGUUCUGUAUAAAUCCUAAUCCAAAGCCUUAGAUCCUAAGCUAUUUGAAUAAUUAGGUGAGUACAGCUAGUUAAAUUAUUCUUGUUGUUGUAAACUUAUAUUCUGUGGCAGUAUUUUUGUAAUCAGAUUUGGUUUUGUGGGAGUAGAAGUAUAGUAGAUGAUUCUUCUGUCUGUGCUAAUCUAGCACCCCCUAGGUGCUGUUUUUCGCCCUGGAUUUGUGGUGUGGUAGGCACUAGAGAAAUGCAUGGCUAGAUUUUUAUGUACAUAACUGUUGCAACAGGACAUUUAUAACCACUCUACUUUUCUUCCUCUUGGCUCUUUCAUCCCUGGAGUGUUGUCUUACCUCAGUUUGUUCAGUGACAGGGAAGACAGGAAAAGAGAGAAAUCUCUGGAGUCUGGCUCUACAGUUGAAUGACUUGUUUUGGUCUUGAGUGUGAAGUGCAUAUUGUACCUGAACAAGGCUUUUGUUUGGAAUGCUGAUGAGUGGGCAGUGCUUACUUUAUUGUAGACAGAAUUGAUUGUCCUAGUUAAAGAAUCAAGGGAGAUGAAGUUGAUCUCUUAACUGUUCUGGAUGUUAGUUUUGGUAGCAUGUUGCAGUAAACUGCAGAAUUGGUUUAUUGUGGAACACUUUAUACAGGAACCAGUAGAAAGAGUUUAAAUGCAGAGUUUUUUGCUUUUCAUGAAGUUCUUAUUGCAUUGUUAACAAUAAUCUGGAUGAAAAAUUUGAGUAAAAUACAGUACCUGUUCCGAUAUAUGAGAUGAUUUUUAUGAGACAAUCAUAAUGCAAAAAGCAUGUAUUUUCUUAUAUUGUAUCUCAACUCACUAAUUUUCAAGAUUUUCAUUUAUAUCUUUAUGUUUGAUGAAGUGUCAAUUUAUCUUCUGCCUUCAAAUGAUGAAGUAGCUGACCUCCUUAGGAUGGGAUUAGAAAUAUAGGCCAUUUCUUAAAGCAAAAAGUUGCUUUAGUGAGUUUUUCUUGUGCUAGCUCCUCUCUUUCAGGCCAUCUUACCGAAGCUAAACAUCAGUUCAGUUGACAACUUUACUCAAUUCUAGGCAACAGUGGCUGUGCUCUGGCCUGCAGAGACAGUGAAUCCAUUUUGGCUCUGACACCCAAUUUUAUUGUAAAACACAUUCAUGUUGACAUCAUAUCAGUUUUCUGAACUAUUACAUGCAUAAAAGAAUUCACCCCUUUCCAUUCAGUCUUUCUCAGCCUUCUAGUAAGGAGAAAUCUACACAUUCGAUGUUUUCAUUUUGCAUUUAAUGUGGUCUAGUCCAGAAAAUAGCAGCUUCUGUUAAAAAAAAUUUUUUUUUUUUUUCUGGAGGCACUUAGCCCAGUGUAUUAGCUUAAUGGGGUUCAUUCGUAGGAGAGAACUAAAGAGAAAUGCACAGGCAGUUUUUAGGCCAGAGUUGUUAAGUUUAGGGUAAAACAGGUCAAUAUUGACUCAAGAUUAUGGGGAUUAGUUGCUCAAGUUCUUUUGCAUACAAACUGCCAUUUAAAGGCUUGCUUGCGUGCUUUAUCCAUGCCUAAUUUUGUGGGCUUUGUCUCCUGCUGGACCUUUUUGAUUGUAUUGUUUUUGCAAAGGUCUUUUAUGGCUGAUGUUUUGUUUCUUUGUUUUACUUAUGUGAGAAAUUGGUAGUUUUGCAUUUAGAAUUUGUUUCAAAUGAUAAAUCUUUAUUUCCAGUUUACUGGGGGAAGGGAGUUUUUCUUGUGCAUAAAAUCCAGCCCUUUCAUUUGUAUAUUAAUUCUAGCUUCAUACUGAGUUUUAUCAAGCCUGUCCUUGGCUUUCAUGAUAAAGAAAUCUGACCUUUUCAUUUUUUACAGUGUUUGAUUGACUUAUUUGGGUUUCCAAUCCUAAAAUAUUAAGAUAUUUUCCUCCUUUUUUCCCCCUGUGAAUAUAGGCCUCCUUAAAAUAUCCACAGACCUAGUUGGGGAAUUUAAUAAUGUUUUCCUUAUUAUUUAGUUCUGUUCUGAGACUGUGCAAUGGGAAUUUCAUUUACCCAUAAGAGACUGACCUUAUAACAGAGUGAUUGCAAAUUUUGUUUCUAAACUAAUAUAAAUGUUUCCAUUUGAUUACUUAAAUGUGAGUAUGUGGUUUACAUAAGAUUUUAAAAAGAGUGGUUUCAAGGCUGUGGAUACAUACGUUAAUUAAUUCUUACCUAUAUUAUUUUUGGUCUGUUAUCAUAUGGGAUACAUGAAGAAUUUUAAAAAAGCUUUUUUUCUAUUAUCUGUAUUUCCUAAAACAUUAUGGACAGAAAAAGGUUGGAAUAGAGAGAGAAAAUUGAAACAUACCCUGACUUUCCACAGGCUGGAUGCACAUUAUCUUUAUCUUUAUUUAUUAAUAAAAGACGGAAUGCCUUGGAAAACAAAAGGUUUUAAUGGCCGGUGCUUGGUAUCCUUGACAACAGUCCCGAAAGAAUAUUACAUUAGGGCACCAGAGAACUUUUAAAAAUAAGUAAUGGAAUUCCGUCUCUGUUAUGCUUUUAGUAGUCAUUUCGGCCAUGGUGCAGCGAGGUCAUAAGCUGAGCUCAGUGAAGGGAGCCAGAACAUGAAAUGAUGCUGAGAGAACGUCUGGGAGAUGAGAGGUCUCAGCAUCAGAGGAGCCCAGGAGGAAGACCCUCCCGAUCCCCAGCUAAUGAGACUGGACAAUAUGCUUUUGGCAGAAGGGGUUUCAGGUCCUGAGAAAGGUGGGGGAUCGGCGGCAGCAGCUGCAGCCGCGGCAGCCUCUGGAGGUUCUUCAGAUAACUCUAUUGAACACUCAGAUUACAGAGCCAAAUUGACCCAGAUCAGACAAAUCUAUCACACAGAACUGGAGAAAUAUGAACAGGCAUGUAAUGAGUUCACUACACAUGUGAUGAACCUUCUCCGAGAACAGAGUAGAACGCGUCCCAUUUCCCCAAAAGAGAUUGAAAGAAUGGUGGGCAUCAUCCAUCGAAAAUUUAGUUCCAUUCAGAUGCAGCUCAAACAAAGCACUUGUGAAGCAGUUAUGAUUCUAAGAUCAAGAUUCCUUGAUGCCAGACGGAAAAGGCGUAAUUUCAGUAAACAAGCCACAGAAAUUUUGAAUGAAUAUUUUUACUCACACCUCAGCAAUCCCUACCCCAGUGAAGAAGCCAAAGAGGAGCUGGCCAAGAAAUGCAGCAUCACAGUGUCACAGGUAUCCAACUGGUUUGGCAACAAGCGAAUCAGGUACAAGAAGAAUAUUGGCAAGUUUCAGGAAGAAGCCAACCUGUAUGCUGCAAAGACAGCUGUGACAGCCGCACACGCAGUGGCCGCAGCUGUGCAGAACAACCAGACCAAUUCACCCACCACGCCAAAUUCUGGUUCUUCUGGUUCUUUUAACCUCCCAAAUUCUGGGGACAUGUUCAUGAACAUGCAGAGUCUGAAUGGGGAUUCUUACCAAGGGUCCCAAGUCGGAGCCAAUGUGCAGUCACAGGUGGAUACCCUCCGUCAUGUUAUCAAUCAGACGGGAGGCUACAGUGAUGGCCUUGGAGGAAAUUCACUGUACAGUCCGCAUAAUUUAAAUGCUAAUGGAGGCUGGCAGGACGCAACAACUCCAUCUUCAGUGACUUCUCCUACAGAAGGCCCGGGAAGUGUGCACUCAGAUACCUCUAACUAAUCUCUGGCCACACCUUCCCCUGAGCUACCAUGCCUUGAGAAGUGUGUUCAGAGCAACAGGAGGAAAAGGAAUGCGUUCUUGUAGCCUACCAUCUACAGCUUUACUAUAAAACCUUGUCUUAUUAGAGAACUUGGUAAAUCUGUUUUUUAAGGAAUCAUAAUCAUUUGUAUUUAUACUUAAAACACACAAUGUUAAAAAAGCACUUUAUCCAAUUAGGCCAAGAUUUAACAUUGUUGACAGUCCUGUAGCUAUUUUAUCAUAAUUUAUUAUCAAUAUUUUACAUUAAUGGUUUCACAGUUGCCAAUUACUUGGCCUUAAGGGUAAAAAGUACAAUAUAUGCUAAACCUCAAUCGUUAGAGCAGAUGCAAAGAUUCACCUCACCUAAAUUGAACUCCUUACAUAUUUCCAGCGCAGACUUUGAUUGUCUUUCUUUCAUGUCACUAAUGGGGUUGGAAUAAAAGAGCUGUUUGGCUAUCUCUGUUAAUGAUGGUUGUGUUUAAGAACCUUCCUCGUCACAUUUGGGUUGUGAUCUCUUACGUUAUAAUUAGAUCAGAGACUGGUAGCCUCUUUUCUCUCUGAAAGCACCAGUACCCAGAGUCUGCUUGGUAAUGAGAUUAUGGAUCCAGAUUGUUCUGAGAGAUGAAGAUUACUUGCUGCUGAUGGAGGUGAAAACGAGACCUGUCUGGGGUUUUACAGUGUGCACUGGGUGCUGCACAGACUUGUCAAGGUUUGCUUUGUCCUCUGGGCAUCCGCAGAAGGCCCUGCUCUCUGGAGUGUUGUAUAUAGUGUAGCAAAAGAGUAUUUAUACAUCUCACCAAUCAAAACACAGCUUUAUUACCUCAUGCGAACUCAUAAGAACCAAUAGAAUUUCAACAUGUUCUGUAGCUUAGAGUGCUCACUUACUACCUCUGAACAAUACUCACCUGUAGUUUUGUCUCUUUCUUAUCUUUUUGCAUCUUGUAAUUAACUCUUUGUUUCCCUUCAUAAAUAUGUAAUGUACAUUGUAAUCUUUUAAAAGAAAAAUCAGGGUUGCAUUUGCAACUUUUAAAAAAAUGAGAGUGGAAACAUUGGGUCUUAAUUUAACACAGGAUCAGUAAAACUGUUGUAAAUACUGCGAAACAUUUUGAAUGUUCCUCAUCUUGUUACUAACCCAUGCAAAAAAAAAAAAAAAAAAAAAAAAGCGGCGACUAAUUGUGAUGCAUUCAGAUUUCAGUAUUCAGUACUGUAUAUUUCACCCUGUGUGAUGGGGACCCCCUCCUUUCUCUUUUUGUAUUGUAUGCGAUUCUGAACCUGAUUGAGUCAUGAAAAUAAUUUGUGGCAGUGAUUCUAAUGUAUUAAAAAUGUUUCGUGUUCCUUUCUAACUGGAUUACACCCUGGAUUGAAAAAGUCUUCCUCGUGGUAGUUACAUGUAGUUUCAAACAUGAAUAAACUUUUUGCUUUCAUGAUUAAUGAAA